GAUUUUUGUCGACUUUAAAUUGUCGACUUUAAGUCAACAAUUUAAAGUCGACAAAAAUUAUACUAGAAAUAGUCGGCUAAAUGUCGACUUCGAAAGUCAAAAGUUGGCGCGUAAUGCGCGCGUGACAUGCGAUCGCCGCGAUUUCAUCCUUUCGAUCGUCUCUGUAGUGUGUGCCCAUUGUGCCUCCCGCGUGCCGGCUUUUUGUUCCAACUGUGCAAUAUUUAUCAAGCUUAUCUUGUGCAAUAGAGGCGGUGCUAAUUCUGCAGUUAGCCGAAACAAAAUAUCUGCAUGAAGCAGUACGAAAGACGAAGCGCCGGCGAAUUUGAUUAUUGACUUGAUAUUGAGCGAAGCAGCAUACGAUACAUAAUCAAGGUUUCUAAUUAAAGCUUAAGAAGCGUACUUUGACAAUGAAACAACGUAUAAAGUGAAAGUGGAAAGAUGAGCAAAGAACAGGACAGGAGAGCUGCGAACCUGGAAUCACUGCGCGCCGGGAAGACCGCCAAGGAGAUUGUGGAUUGGUUUGGCUACUCAAAAACGCAAGUUUACGAGAUAGCCAAAACCUAUCGAGAGGCGGACAACAAGGACGAUGUUACUUCGGACCGGGGACUCAAAAUCAACGCGGCAGUGUACAUCCACGUGUUAGAGACGGUCGUUAAACCGUGGAUGGACCGUGUGGCCGAUGGACGUGAAUACGUCUUCCAACAGGAUUCUACGCCAGCCCACAAGGCGAGAGUCACGCAAGCAUGGCUUCAUGACCAAUGUUCCUUAUCAUUGGUCGCCGGACUUGUGGCCGCCCUCCAGCCCAGAUUGCAAUCCGCUGGAUUACUACGUGUGGGGCGUAGUAGAGGCAGAGGUGAACAAUGAACCUCAUAACACAAAGGACGCGCUACGUAAAAAAAUUACGGCGGUAAUGACCAAUAUGAACAGAGAGGAGCUGGCUCGGGCGUGUAGGCGAUUCAGGUCUCGGCUGGAGCAGGUCGUUGAGGCGAACGGGGAUUAUAUAGAGUAAUAUUAACGUAUGUGAUAACGAAGAUAAUCUCAAUAUAUCUUAUACCGAUGUUCCACAUUUUGAGCACGUAAUUGUUGAACCGGAAAAUAAAGAGAAUGGCGAAGACAAGACUACGCUUUAACCAACGUGCCAACCAAAAGUGUCAACGAUAUUAAUGAACCUGAGAUCAGUGAUGAAAUAUUGGAAACUAAUUUUGUAGACGUAACCUCAUUAGAUUCAUACGAAGAUGAGUCGUCAUGUAGUGACACAGAAAUGCAAAAAAUGAUACACGAGAAGCAAGAAAGUCGAAAAGUUGUAAAAGGGAACGUAACAGCUCGACCAACAAUUGUAUCACAACUGAUUAUUCGUCCUUCCACGAGCAAUGAUGGCACUAAUGUAUUAAAUAUAAUACAAAAUAUUGAAAAUAAUUCAAUGAAAUUGGAGCAUUCAUUUUGUUGUGAAAAAUGCCGCAAAAAUUACUUGGACAAAUUUGUGACAAUUGAACGGAAACUCAAUCGGAUCAUUCAUUUUCUAGAAAAUGAAAAUAAUGUACAACGGAAUGAAAUAGAACAAGACGAUGUGUCGUUGUUACCAAAUUUUCCUCUCACUACAGUUGAACAAACAGAAAUGUUCAAUAACAGAUUGGAAGAUAUUAAUGUUCGGCGACAAUUUAUGAAAAAAAUGGCGCAGUUUGGCGGGGAUACCGUAGCCAAACUUGUAAAAAAUAUAAUGUUGGAAACUAUCGGAUAUGAAGUUGCGGCAGCGUACACGUGGACAGGCCAAAAAAAAAGAUUAUCAUUCAAAACAUCGAAACUGGCUGACACAAUAAUUGCAAUUAUUUUGAAGAAAAAGGAUACUACUACAAUUAUUGAAGUGGAAGGAUGUAUUCAAGAGUGGUUGAGACGAUCCGGCGACAGAAAGAGAGGCUUAAACAAGUAAAUAUAUUGUAUGUACCUGAUAUGUUAAAUUUGUCAUUUUCUUUGGAAACUAUUAAUUUUAUAUAAUAUUAAUAUAUAACAUAAAACAUUGAUAUUUUGUACUGAAUAAAACUUAAUCUUCGAUCCAUCGUGCUGGGACUGUCUUCUUUCGAGAACAGAGUCCGCGUUGAUUGACGCUCUUGAUCAAGCUUCAAUCAAUGGGUGCUGAGACUGUUCUCGAAAGAGGAUAGAGUCCGCAUUGAUCGACGACCAAGGUUAAUCUUCGAUCAAUGGGUGCUGGGACUGUCUUCUUUCGAGAACAGAGUCCGCGUUGAUUGACGCUCUUGAUCGAGCUUCAAUCAAUGGGUGCUGGAGCUGUUCUCGAGAGAGGAUAGAGUCCGCAUUGGUCAACGACCAAAGUUAAUCUUCGAAACUGGACUUGGAAACAAUAAAAGUUCGAGAACAGAGUCCGCGUUGAUUGACGCUCUUGAUCGAGCUUCAAUCAAUGGGUGCUGGGGCUGUUCUCGAGAGAGGGUAGAGUCCGCAUUGGUCAAUGACCAAAGUUAAUCUUCGAAACUGGACUUGGAAACAAUAAAAGUAAGGUAGAGUCCAAGGUAGAGUAAAAAUUCUCGCAAUUCUGUUGUUUUCCAACGUCUCAAUUCAUCCAGAGAACGUGAUUUUCAGAUCAAACUCCUUCGGUACCUACUUUGUACAUUGCAAUUAAUUUUUCCAAGUCUAUUAUAAGUUUGCUUUCACUUUGAUGUUUGAUAACUACUUAUCCAUAACUGUAAUACUUUUUUCAUGACUCCUAGACAUGACAUAUCAAGUACAUAUAAUUUAAAGAGAACUGUGUAACAUUAGCAGUUGUAUUAACUCGAAAGGAGAUAUAACCAGUAUGACGAUUUUGUGAUUGUAAUAAGUACCUAAUUCUUGUAUACUUUCCACAUCCAAAAAAUCUGUUAUGUGCAAUUUAUUUAAAUAUAAUUAUAUAUGCUUGUUAUAAUUCUAACA